GGGUCAGUAACGUGUCUUCGCGUCUUCGGCGCAUUCACUCACCUCUGCAUUCCUGACGAUAACCACAUCAAUCAACCACACCAGCCGCCAGCACCCACCAGCAUGUCGGGUAAGGGAAAGCCUGGUAUCGCCUCGAAGGCGGCAACGCUCUCUCUCGACAUUGCCAAUGGCCGGCACCUCCUGUCAAGGUUCAUCCCCGCGUGCCUGUUCCUCUUCGACGCCAUGCUCUGCGCCCUCGUUAUAUGGAAAAUCCCAUACACCGAGAUCGACUGGAGAGCGUACAUGGAGCAGAUCGCGCAGUACGUCUCUGGCGAGCGCGACUACACCAUCAUCAAGGGGGGCACCGGCCCCCUCGUGUACCCGGCCGCCCACGUCUACACCUACACUGCGCUAUACCACCUGACGGACGAGGGGAGGAACAUCUUGCUGGCGCAGCAGAUAUUCGCCGCGCUGUAUCUGGCCACUCUCGGCCUCGUCAUGGCCUGCUACUGGAAGGCUAAGGUCCCGCCGUACGUCUUCCCCCUCCUCGUCUUGUCGAAACGACUCCAUAGCAUAUUCAUGCUGCGCUGCUUUAACGACUGUUUCGCCACAUUCUUCCUCUGGCUCGCCAUCUUCCUAUUCCAGCGCCGCGCCUGGACGGCCGGCAGCAUCGCAUACUCGUGGGGCCUGGGAAUCAAGAUGUCAUUGCUACUGGUAAUCCCGGCCGUCGGAGUGGUUCUCCUGCUGGGACGAGGAUUUUCGGGCAGCCUGCGCUGCGCCACCAUCAUAGCCCAAAUCCAAAUCCUCAUCGCCAACAAGUUCCUCCGCAGAAAUGCCUGGGGAUACCUCGGCCGAGCUUUCGAGUUUUCGAGGCAAUUUCUGUUCAAGUGGACCGUCAACUGGCGUUUCGUCGGGGAGGAGAUGUUCCUCAGCCGAUCAUUCUCCCUGGGCCUCCUCGUCAUGCACGCCCUCGUUUUGACCGGGUUCAUUGCUGGAAAGUGGCUGAAGCCAGCCGGGAAGUCUAUUUCUGCGAUACUUUUGCCGAUCUUGGGACUCAGCUCGCCCUUCAGCCCCAGUGAGGAGACCCAGAUAGCCUCACGUGUGACUCCCGAGUACGUGAUGACUACCAUUCUCUCCGCUAACGCCAUUGGACUCCUCUUCGCGCGUUCUCUGCACUACCAAUUCUACUCGUAUCUAGCGUGGGCCACCCCCUAUCUCCUCUGGCGCAGCAGAAUCCACCCAGUCUUCCAAUACGGGAUCUGGGCUCUGCAGGAGUGGGCCUGGAACGUUUUCCCUAGCACACCCGUUAGCUCAGGAGUUGUUGUCGGUGUGCUGGCCACGACAGUAGCGUUGGUGGCCAUCCGAGACCACGGGGGAGGCGAACGGGACGUGCCUAGUUCCGCGCCCGAGCGCAAGGACGCAUGAAUAGUUCGAGUAGACAUGGGUUGAUAGACGUUCAAUUUUCAUCAUCGGAAUACGACGGCGGCAUCUUGCCCACAGUAGAGUCUUCGUCCUCGGAAUCCUCGUAGGGAGAGAGAGGAAACGCUGCGGGCCUAGACCUUUGCUUGCGCCACGCCUUCUCAUCGCGGACAACAUUCACGAUCUCGCCCUCCACUUUUCCAUUCCGUGCGUCGGAGGGAAUCAGCUCGACCAGGACAUACCCGCCGCGCCUGACCCAGAUGGUGUUGCGGAAGCGAGCGGGCAGCUCAACCAGCACGGAGCGCUGGUCGGGUAGGGCGCAGGCGUAGUGGUUGCUGCCCUCGGCCUUAACAACCCUGGCGAGCGAUUGCGACGGCGCGAGCUGGUCCGGAGGGGUCGUGGUCGCCUCGGCCACCGCGCGCACGUCGCGCUUCGGGCGGCCCAUGUUGGUUAGGUCGGGGGUACGGACUGCUCGAUAAGUGCAGAUGUAACUCGUGUAGGGGUAGGGAUACGCGGGCUCGUGCGAGUUGGCUUGGUGCUGCGCCUUCUAAUAGGUCCUCGUAACGGGUUGAAUGCGGGAAGAUGUGGCCUUGUCGAGGAUUUGGUGGUGAGGGAGGUA